AACAGCAAUGAAGCCAUCAAGUUGUCCAAGAGUGUAGAUGAUUUGAGCAUGCAACAGUAUAAGAUUAAGGAUGAACUCUUGAGACAGCAAGAACAACAGGAAAAUAUGGCUAAAUUGAAGCAACAGGCUCGUCAACAUCAUCAACAGCAACAACAGGCUGUGGCGGCCGCAGCAGCUGUAGCAGCAGCUCAACAACAACGUUUUCUACAACAGCAACAACAAGCCGUCCAACAACAGCAGCAGCAGCAACAACAGCAUCAUGCUCAUUUGGUACCACAUGCAGCAGCUACACCAACACCGCCGCCGCCCACUAGUUUACAUGCUGCUCUGCAACAGCAACAACAAUUACUACAUCAUCAUCAACAACAGCAGCAACAACAACAGCAGCAGCAACAACAACAACAGCAACAACGUCAACAACAACAGCAGCAGCAAUUGCAACAAGAGCAAGAACGUCGUCGUGAACUACAGUUGUUGCAUUCACCCCAUAUUACACCACAAACCUCACCCUCAGCUAUCCAGCAACAGCAGCAACAACAACAGCAACUCCAUCAUCCUCAACAAUCACCACCCACUCCCACACCAACACCCACUACCACAGCUCAACAGAUACAUUUACAGACGGCUCAACAUCAAGCAGCCCAACAACAAUUGCAACAGCAACAACAGAAACACUCACAACAACCCUUUACCGAUCCCAAUACCAUCGAUCAGUACCUGUUGUCCUGGAACAAUUUCCAUGGUAAUAUGUGUCGUGGCUUCCAUACUCUCCAGAAAGACGAAAAAAUGGUGGAUGUUACCAUAGCUGCUGGGGGGAAAAUUUUCAAGGCCCAUAAAUUGGUUUUAUCCGUUUGCAGUCCUUAUUUUCAACAGAUCUUUUUGGAAAAUCCCUCUAGCCAUCCGAUUUUGUUAAUGGCUGAUGUUGAGGCCAGUCAUAUGGCCGGUUUAUUGGAUUUUAUGUACAGUGGUCAGGUUAAUGUGAAAUAUGAAGAUUUACCGGUUUUCCUAAAAGUGGCUGAGGCCAUGAAAAUCAAGGGUCUACACACAGAGAAAAACAUGGACGACGAAAACAAGGAUAGCAGCUCUUCUCCCGAUAACGAAUCCACCGAAUGUCACUUCGAACGCGGAACCCACAGUGUCAACAUUACCGGACAAGGCUAUGAUCCCCGUAAAUCUCUACACGACACACACACCAUGAACGGUGGUGCUGCAGCUCACAAGAAUGGCAGCGGCCCCAGCAGCACAACACCAUUACCAGUGCAGACAUUCACCUCAUUCCGUGAUCACAUCAAAUCGAAGGCCACUUUAGCCGAAACCUUUAUGAAAAAUCUCAGUCGUAAUAACAAUAAUUGCACUACCAAAAACUACAAUCACUUACCGAACAGCAAUAGUAUAGGUGAAGUCCUCAGCAAGGAAGGUUACAAUCUUUUGCAUGCCAACAGCAAGAAACUAAUGGAUACGGCACGUAAACAGCAUAAAUAUUUGGCUAAACGCAAGAUACUAAUGCACUAUAACGAAGAGAUGAAUGAGAAACGUCGCAAGGAAUUGGAACACUUUAGAAUGGAACAUGAUGCUAACAAUAAUAAGGAAAUGAAUAUACCAGAAACAGUGCCACAACCACAGCCGCAGCCACAACUACAACCACAACAUAAUAAUUUCAAAAUACGUUUAAUGGAAAAUCAUCUAAAGGCCAAUCAAGAACAACAACAGCAGCAACAGCUGCUGCAACAACAACAGCAGCAACAACAGCUACAACAACAGCAACAACAACAGUUACAACAACAGCAACAACAACAACAGCAGCAGCAACAAAAUAACAAGAACAAUCAUGCAAAUCCCGUGGUAGAGGAGCAAGCUUUAAAUUUAGUGCAAAAUAAUGCUCAUGAUUAUCAAAAGAGUGAAACGGACUUGAUACAAGAACCCAGUGAUGUUUUGCAAAUUGUUGAAAAUGAACCCUUAACCGAUACGGAACAAACUUCUGAAUCAGAUGGGGCUAGCAUAAAUAAUGGUGCCCAACUAAGAGAUGAGGAUGACAUUAACAAUAACAAUCUGUGCAAAAAGGAAGCCAUUGAAAUUGAUGACAACAAUAAUACGAAUAUGAAAAACUUGGCCCUGAUUAAUGCCAUUAACCAGAAGCAUGAAUAUCAAAUACACAAUGCGCCGGCAACGACACCAGUAACAGCAACUGUUACCACGAGUACUACGGCGGAAACGGAACAAAUACAAACUAUGGAACACAGUCAACAAGAAACAGCACAUCAGCAGCAGCACCACCAUCAACAACAACAUCCACAUCAUCAUCAUGCUGAGAGUGAAGAUGACAAGAACAAUAAUAAUAAUGACAACAAUAACAACAAUCAUUUACAAUUGGAUUUGAGUACGGUAAAGAGCAUAGCCACCGCUGAAAUCUUGUGUGGUCUUAAGAGUAAAGUUUUCAAAAUGGAACAAUUAGAUGCGGCAGCUGAGGCCCAGUGUCGCAAUUUAAAUGAGAUCAAACAGGCGGAAUGAUAUUAAACGACAGCUGUCUGAGAGAAGUAAACAAAAUCAAGAAGUAAAGAAGACAAAACCGUUAAUUUGUUUAUUUUGUGCAUUUGUUUUUUUCUUUAUUAUUAUUAUAAAUUUUAUAUAAUAGUUAUUUAUUUUUAUAUAUAUAUAAAAAAACCCCUAGUUUUAAUUUAUACAAAAAAAAAAUAUUGAAAAAAAAAAACAAUUAAUUAAG